GUAAACUGAAACAGUGGAAUUCAGUGUUCAAUUACUUUUGCUAAAGGUUUUGAACGCACUACUGGUAUUUGCUUGCUUGCUUUUACUAUCAAAAAAUAUUUUGUGCAGUUUAUCCAUUUAUCCAAGGCCGAGUUAGCUGCUAUCAAUGUAAAAAUUUAAUCUAUAUUUAAAUGGUCAAGUACCAUGGAAGACGAAAUUGAAGAAUGUAUCAGAAAAAAGACACAAUGGUCCCAAUUGCCUGGGACUGUGAAAAAGCUGUUGGGUGAUUCUCCCAAAGAAUAUGAGAGGUACAUAUUCGAGUUCAGUAUUAAAAAUCAAUUGAGAUACAGAGGAAGUCUGGUGCGGACGGUUCGCAAAGAUGAGAAGAAAUACUAUGAGACACUGGUGCAGAGCAGCAUACAGAGACUCAUGCUCUACCCCUAUCACCUAGCAGACAUGAUUGUUAAAGGUUUAAGAAUAACCCCCUUCAUUUACUAUGUGGAGGUAGUAGCUCUGCUCAUAGAGUUAGAAAAGAGUUAUGAUACUAUGCCUAAUUUUACUGCUGCAGACUGCCUCCGACUGCUUGGUAUUGGUCGAAACGAGUACCUAGAGUUAGUGGCUAAAGCCAGAUCGCUGGGCCGUCGCGGGAAGGCCAAGGCGAUCCGUGCGUUACUCCCCCGAGUCCCUCUAAACAUACCUAUGCAGCCUUGGUGGAGAGUUGAGCUGGGAUAUGUAUUAGAAGACGAUGUUAAGCCUCUGGGAGAGAGCGAGAGAGCACUAAUAGACUUGCUUAUCGACCGCGGCUCGCAGACGGCCGGCACUCUCGACUACCAUGUCGUCAAGACUUUGUACAGGCGUGGCCUAAUCUACUUGGAUGUGCCAAUAACAGCGGCGGACAAAGUAUCGGUGCCGCCCCUAAAGGGGUUCGUCAUGAACCGCAUUGCUGGCGAUUAUUUCGAGACUUUGCUGUAUAAAGUGUUCGUGUCUAUUGAUGAGCAUACCAGCGUGGCUGAUUUAGCUGCGGUGUUGCAGGUCGAGUGCGAGCUAGUAAAACAAGCAGUAUCUCUAUACUGCCGGUUGGGCUUCGCGAACAAUCUGCAACCACCGCCCGUAGCGCCGCAGCACCCAUCCUGGCGGGAAGCCGUCACAACACACAACCAUCAGCCGUACAGACAAAUAUCUCCGUUGACAUUUGAUCCCAAUUUGGACGACGAUGCGAUACAGAUGGAACCCAUUAUAUUAAAACAAACGCCGUCUACUUCCAAGCAGAGUCCAGAAGAACAGAUGGAACCGUCUAAAAAUGGUGGUCAAAGAGUAGCAGUGUUAUUUGACUCUACGCUAGCUGCUUACCUUAUGAUGGGUAACUUGUCUCCGGAUCUAAAAAGUCAUGCGGUAACGUUGUUUGAGGUCGGCAAGCUUCCUGAUGAAAGUCUUGAUAGUUUACUCAUGGAGCUAGACAAGGUAGUAGCCGACCCAGAGAUAGAAGGCGAAGCUCGCCGUUACCUCGCAGCGGCUGCAUGCUUGCGGAUAGCGCUGCGAACACUGCGGCCUAAGCUGCGACCGCUUGAUCUGCUGCGCUGUGAAGCGCUGCACGCGCUGGGCGCCGCUGCACGGACGAGGCUGCUGUCUACUAAGUACAAACUGGCGAUAUCAACAGCGCCGUUAUGCCGUGAGGCCCGGGCGGGCGCGGCGGCGGGGUCCCUGCCGCACGUGGGCCCCGCGCCGCCCGAGGCGCACACGCCUUGGAUGCGCCUCUACCUCUACCACGUCGCCGGGUAUGGACCACCCACGCUGCUGCUUACUAAGGGCACACAGUUACGCGGCGUCCCACGGCUACUCCUAGGCUACUCGCGACUCUCAGUAUCAUGGUGGGGGGCGGAGUCCGCACUCGAGGGCGCCGGUGCCGCUGCAGGAGCCCUGGGUGCUGCGGCAGCUCUGCUGGCGGCGCGGUCAGCGCUGCGACGAGGGCCCGUGCUGUUGCAGGCUGUGGGCGUCAGGCAGCCCGCGCCGCUGAGACAUCUUAUGUUCCCGCCUGAAGCUGAUACGUGUCCAGAGUCUCAGGCGAUGUGGUCUCGUCACGCGGGUCUGCGGCGGCUGCUGCGGCGGCUGCGGCUGUGGCGCUCGGUGGGCUACGUGACGCUCGCCGACAUCGGCGUGCCCGACCUCGGCUGUGCCCGCCCGCCUGCUACCGUGCAACUGGUUCCACAAAGAAAGAAAAAAGAAAUAUGCGGCAUGGCGAAACCCGUCAGCGAAAUAUCCCUCUCAUCGACAGAAUCAACGGAAAAAUACACAGAGGAAUACUCAAAAACGCUCACCAGGCUACAGUCACCCAUCGAGUCACACUUCGCUGUCACCCCGACUACAGAGAGCAAAAACAGUUCACCUGCCAACGGGUUCACUAGCGCUGAGUGCGGACAACUGUUAUGUGACGAAUUAGAUAACUUAGCACUCGAUGACGUCACUAAACACGCACACAGCAAAGAGUCCAUAGCUUGCAGUGACGACUUAGUACCCAUACAUUCGUCAUCAACCAGUAUCGAGGAUCUCAAAAGCGAGAAGAAGCAUUCCAAAGAGCAUUCGACGAGCAAAGAGUCUAUAGCGUCCGAUGAUUUGGUUCCGAUUCAUUCUUCGUCGGUCAGUAGUGAGAACUUGAGUAAGAAGUGUGACAGGUCGUCGGUGAGUGCUUUGGAGGAGUUGCUGAGUCCGGCAGAGGAGUCCAUCUCGAUGUUCACGCAGCUGAGCGACAAGCUGACGGAGAUGUCGGCGGCCGAGGGAGACAGCGGUGUGGAUACUGCGCACUACGUGUCCGAUGAUGAGGCUUGUAAACCUGAGAGGUGGACGAUAGUAGACCUACAGUUUGGUAUCCCGCUGUUCGACGAGGCGCUCUGUGAGAAGAUAUGCAAGUGCUUAGUGGAACGAAUAGCUAAACCUGAAUUAUUGGAUAAAGUGAAGGAGGACAAUGAAUUCAUUCGUUCAGAUAUAUUGAAGUUUGUGUCACAGUGUCAGUACUACCCCGGCGAAGACAUGGGGAUCGUCAAACGAGGUACUUUAGUUCCUUUGCCAAGGAAGAACCUGGCCUUCGAGAACGGCAGGAUCAGCGAGUGGACCGGCAAGUGAAGCCGUCUCCCUCCCUCUCACCAUAUCCACCGCUAGAGCGACAGAGACAGAUAUACGUUUGUCGUGCCGGAUUCGAGCUUUACUAGACGUUUUGUAGAAUGUUCUUAUUUUAAAUGUUGUAUUUACAGUGGAAGUCUAUGGUAAUACUAAAGAAAAAUAUUAUUUAUCAUAGAUUUUUUCGUUGUUGAAAAAACAACUGAAGUCAUAAAUAUAGGGUGUUUAUUUUGCGAUAGAAUAUAAUGAUUGCAUAUUAUUAUAUAAAAAUAUAUAAGAGAUAUUUUACUUAGAAAAUAUACUUGAACAUGUAUCUUAGAAAAUAGAUAUAUCAAAGAAAGGCAAUAUUAUUUUUAAUGCAAAAAUUAAAAUUAUAUUUACAUUCCACUGUAAACACAACGUUAGUUUUGCGACUAAACCGCUUCCAUUCUAUUUCGUAUGAAGAGACAAAAGUAAGAGAUAUUCAGAGCUCUAACUGUAAACUAUGAAAUAUAUUACAAACAAAGAAAUCUACUUAAAAAUGUUUAGAUAUUAUGUUUGUUAAUGCAGAGUCAAUAAUUCGUGCGUCACUUUCGUGCGCGACAGUACUUGCGUACGCGCAUUUCGCGCAUCGGUGUUCAUAGAAUUUUUAGGUCCUACAUACGUUUAUGACAAGAAAAGAAAGAUAAUAUUAUGAGUUAAUACAUGACGCUACAAAACGGCUCCAUUGAACAAUCUGUAAAAACAUAUAAAUGUGCAAAUAACUGUGUGUCUUAUGUAUAUGUACGGAAUAUGAGAUGUGUAUGAAGUACAUAUAUACCUGCAUAUGUGUCUACAUUGAGUCAAUUUAAUAAAGAGAUUUCACAUGGUCUAACAUUCAGUUCUGACAGUCUGGAUAAGUAGCGGUUACUGCGCCUUCACACUACCGAUUAUUGCCGCGCGGAAAAUCCUACCUAGUGCAACUGCAGUGUGAACUGACCUUUAGUUCUACACACAUACUGACUGCACCAUAACGCCAUCUUAGUUAUAAAAUUAUUCCAUAUUAAGAUAAAUAAAUAAACAAAUAUAUUAAACGAGAAAUUAAUAUAAAUAUAACUAGUUAACUUAAGAAAUAGGCCCUAUAACUAAACUAAAUUUUAACUAAAUGUGCAACUGUAAUUUUAUUUAAAAAAACUCGUUUUUAUUUACACAAAUUGUCAGUAUUGUAUUUGUUACCUAUUCAUUAUGAAUCAGAGAUUUAUUUAUUGUUAUAUUUGUACUUAUAGAUGCGAUUUUAUGACUCCCUUGUUUUUUUUAAUAUAUAAAAUGUACAAAAUGUCUUUCUGUGUUUGAGUAGUGACUAUUUUUGACACCACUAUUGAUUGUUAGCUACUCAGUAGUAGUAAGUGCCAGUGCACUUAGGGUGCGUGUACACGGUGCAUGUAGUUGGAGCAAGUGAACAUGGGCAAGUGACCCACGCGAACCAUACAGAACACGCAAGUGGGUAGUUUGCGUCGGUACAUGCGCGGGUCGCUGGACCCGCACGUUUUAAAAAUGUAUGUAACCUGCGCAUGUGUCUCAAAAUGCGCAAGUUACUUGCACCGUAUAUCCCUAAAGUCACCGUAACUACUCAAAUACUUUUGCAUAGUUAACUAUUACACCCUAUGUGGGUUGACGGCCAUAGCUUAUACUACUAGGAAGUAUCCGUCCCUUAUGCCUCGACCACACUUUGAGAUUGAAUCCGUCAAUUAGAAGAGAACAGUAGAAAUAUUAUGUUUCUUUCGUUUAUUUAUUAAAGUUAAUCAGCAAGUGUGGUUACGCCAUAAUACAAGCACUCUUAUUUGCUUGUCAUUUAACACAAAUUAAUCAACUUUUAUGUUUUAUAGCUUACGUCUUCAGUUUUAUAAUAAGAUACAAUAAAGUAUUUGUAAAUAA